AAGUAUGAAGUCGGCCCAAGCACUGGUCACGGACGGCCAGCCCGUAGAUUCUUCUGACUUUGUCACGAAAGAGGAAAGUCACCGACAUGCGCGUCAAUUGUCAACAAAGUCAGGAAGCGAGCGUACACGCCCACGCGCACACUUUGAGGCCAUUCCAAGACUCUUCGAAGCAACGGUGAUACUUGCAAGUCCGUAAGAAACACAUGAACGAUAAUUGUCAGGGAAAUGAACGGAUAAUCCUAUUUUCGGAAUGGGCCUGAAACGAGUCCGGUGGGUCGGAGCCGCAUACAAACACCCGGUCCAAAUGAAAGGAAUCCUGUCUCAUGAUUCUUCCAUUGAGGUUGAACCCCUGGAUUUGCUCUUGUCGCCUCGAACUGAUUCUGUCCAUCGUGGCCGCCGUCUGUCUCAUCAACUCGCAGAGACUCCCGCCAGCUGUUCCGACCCGUCUGGACCCGUUUCUUCUCUGCCAUUGUCGUGAAGUGCUGCGCUCGUCCUAACCCCGGAACCUUUCCAGCCGUCUCGUUGACGCACCUUUCUUCUGUUUGACUUCAGCUGAUGUUCAUUGCUGACUUUUCUAGUGCGCGGCUCCGUCUUUCGAACUGUUUUCACCGCAGAUCCAUCACUUCAUUUUGUGGCCCAUCCAAUUCACUACAUCCAAACGUCAACAUUGGGCGAGAUUCCCAACCGAUCGAUUCCAUUUCCGUGAUCUGUCCUCCCAUCAUAAAGCGCGAAUUACUUGUCAUUGUUGUUCCUUGUUUUGGGCGUUGCUCGUGAGCCUGGCACGCAUUCCGGUCGCCUUACGCCGAGGGAAAUGCAGGUUAGGAGUUGUUAGCAUUAACCAAACCGGACGACAGGACGACAGGACUCGAGACGAGCCGAUGCGACCGACAACUUCCUCGACGGAGACGUCACGCCGCUUAUCUGGAACGUUGCGGGGCCCAAGCGAAAGUCGUGGGCCAAAGACCAAGUGACGUCACGUAGCAAAGGGAGGCUAACGUUCGUUAGCUGCGGAGGGGGAACGACCAGAACAAGCGGAAGGAGGAGAAGAAGGAGGAGAGGAAGGGGCGACCGCUGCCUGCUGGAGCCCCCGCGACAUGGCUGCACGCUGGCUGUGCAGGUAAGGACAACGUCCGGACGUGUUCCCGAGACGCCUUCGCCGGGGAUUGCCGUUGGCACGUCAUCAUAAACGGAUUCAUAUUGACAAAUAUGCGCUUUGGAUGGCGUGAGGCGGGGAGGCUUUGUGGGCGGGGCCACAGCUGCUGCGCGGUGCCGGUGCCGGUGCCGGUGCUGCUGCUGCUGCGUCGCUCCCUUCAAGACAAACAAAUUGCAAGUCGAGUUGCACGCUUUCCUCUCAUUUGUGCUCGUUUCCCGUCACCGGCCGCAAGUCGACCUGAAAGAUGUGCGCCAACGUCUUCGGAGUCUUGCGGAGCCUCUUCGGGAAGCCCUUUGACGCCGCCGGCAAGAGGAUGGAACACGGGGGGGGGCCUCCGGCGCCGACCCCGCAGCAGCCGGCGAUGGCGUCGGAGCAGCCGGCGCAGAACCCGCCCCGCCACCCCGCCAUGAUGCGGCUAUACGAGGUCCACCGGGAGCUGACCGCGCUGGGGCCCCAGGUGUGCACCUUCAGCGGCCUGCCCGACGACCGCGAUUACAAGCGGCUGGAGCGGGAGCUGACCCGGCUCCAGCUGGAGGUGGACCGCGUGGACACGGAGGGCAAGGCGGAGCUGCAGGGGGCCCGCAAGCGGGCGGCGCAGGAGGCGGAGGCCCUGCUGCGCUACCUGGAGGAGAACGCCCGCCACCCGUCCCGCCUGGCCAUGGAGGAGCUGAGCGAGGAGGCGCGGCGGCUGGUGGAGCGGCGGGUGGUGGCGCCGCAGAGGGAGGGCGGCGCCGCCCACGUGGACGACGAGCUGGUGGAGGACCUCCGCCGGCUGGUGCUGCGCCUCACCCAGGUGAAGACGGAGGGCCGCGUGCCGCUGCGCAAGGCGCGCUACCGGGCGCUGACCCGACUCUGCGCCGUCCAGGACGUGCUGGAGGGCCGCACGCCGCAGCAGACGCUCUCGCUGCCGCUGUCGGGCGAGACGCACGCCGCCGUGCACCGCAUCAACCAGGUGAUGGCCAAGGUGAGCGUGGCCCGCGGGCAGCUGGUGGCGCUGCUGAUGGGCCUGAGCGGCCGCGACAGCUGCGCCCACCUGUCGCGGAUGCUGAUGGAGAUGCAGGUGGAGCUGGACGCGCUGGACGUGUCGGGGAACGCCGCCGUCAGGAAUUACCGCAAGCAGGUGGUGGAGGAGAUCAACGGGCUGCUCAAGCACUUGGACCUGGAGGGCGAGGGCGAGGACACGCGCAGGUACGACUUGGCGCAGAACGACUCCAUCCGCGAGAUCGAGGCGGUCCGCGCCCACGUGCGCCACCUGAGCGAGGGCGUGGUGCGCCACUGCGCCACGGCGGGCGAGCCGGGCCUCCGGCCCAAAGCCGAGCUCCAGGGCCUGCUGACCCACCUGGACCAGGUGGACACGGCCAAGAACCCGUGCAUCCGCGAGGCGCGGCGCCGCGCCGUGGUGGAGGUGCAGGCCGUGGUCACCUUCCUGGACCUCCGCGAGGCGCUGGCGGGCCGCCGGCCUGGCCCCGCCGAGGGCCCGGCCCACCGCGCCGUCUGGGCGGCGCUGGCCAGCCUGUCGGAGCUGCAGGCCCGGGUCCUGGGCUUCGACGGCAAGCGGGCCGACAAGAGCUACGCGGUUCUGGAGGAGCUGCUCACCGAGCAGCUGCUGGCGCUGGACGCCGUGGACCCGUGCGGCGACGACGGCGUCAAGGUGGCCCGCAAGCAGGCCGUCAAGUUUGCGCAGAACAUUCUCAACUAUUUGGACAUGAAGACGGACGAGUGGGAGUACUGAGCGUGCCCCCCCCCCCACCCCCAUGCACUGCGGCG